GUGACGCACAUUUCAGUCGACUGUCUAGUGCACAGCGACCCAAACUGACCUGGGGGACGCAUUCAAACGGGAAAAACACUCGUUUCUUUUGCAUUUUUUGUAUUUAGAGGCUCAGAGGGAUCCUGUUCUGAAAUGUAUCUUACACUCUAUGUGCAGGAAACGUCGCUUUACAUCUUGUUUAUUCGGAUAUUUCGCACAUAAACCGGGUUGUGUACUUGCUGGAAAGCUAUCAAAGCUAACGUAUUUCAAAAUGACUCUUCCAACUUUGCACAACACCGGCGUGCUUUACAGACGGAUUUUAUCCCAAUUUCCUCAGGACUUCAGUUUAGCUUUUGCCUAUGGAUCUGGUGUUUUCAAACAACACGGGACCAACCAAGGUCAAAUGGAGAAAAACAUGCUGGACUUUGUGUUUGCGGUGGACGACCCGGUGACGUGGCACACCAUGAAUCUGCUCCAGAAUCGCAAACACUAUUCCAUCCUCAAGCUGCUGGGGCCCACUAAGAUCAGCUCCAUACAAAAUGACCAUGGGGCCUCUGUAUACUACAACACACUGGUGCCUGUGGAUGGAAAGAUAAUCAAAUAUGGCGUAAUUAGCACACAGUCUCUCAUAGAUGACCUGAUGCACUGGAAGACCAUGUAUGUGGCUGGACGCCUACACAAACCAGUAAAAAUGCUGCUGCAGAAUGAGAAUGGGAAGCUCCGGGCAGCUCUGGUGGCCAACUUGAAAAGUGCUGUGACGGCCUCCUUCCUCAUGAUGCCAGAGAGCUUCAGCGAGGAAGACCUCUUCCUGCAGAUAGCUGGUCUUUCUUAUGCCGGGGAUUUUAGAAUGGUGAUUGGAGAAGAUAAAUCUAAGGUGGCCAAUAUCGUCAAGGACAACAUUCAGCACUUCCGGAUUCUGUACAGCAACAUCCUCCGCGACUGCCCUCAAGUGGUGUACAAAUCUCAACAAGGGAAACUGGAGGUUGACAAAAGCCCAGAAGGUCAGUUCGAUCAGCUGAUGGCAUUGCCUCGGACCCUCCAGCAGAGAAUCACAAAGCUGGUGGAUCCACCGGGUAAAAAUCGAGACGUGGAAGAGAUUCUGCUGCAGGUUGCUCAGGAUCCAGACUGUGGAGCUGUCGUUCAACAAGGUAUUUCAUCUAUUGUGAAAUCCUCCAGUAUAACACAGAGUAUCAAAGGCAUUGCUACAGCUGGCUUGUGGAAGACGGUCUCGUACAGCUCCAAGAAGCUGAUAAAGAUGUGGAAGGGUUCGAGGAGGAAGCCGUCCGUCUCACAGACGUCCUGAUCCGUCUUUCUCUAUAAACUGUCAGCCAGACAACCGACAUCAUUCGAUAUUUCUUUUUGUUUUUUUGACCCUUUAAAUCCGUGGCGGGAUGAUUUACACACUCACCUACUGGUUUCUAUCACUGCCGUUUAAGGAAGGAGACCACUGAGCAGACGUAAUUGUGCGUUUGCAUGGUGUAGAACUGUCUGUGCACCUGUCUGCUUAUCGUGCCAUUCAGAAAAGUUCUAGAUAAAAGGUGACAUUUCACAAGCCUGACUGAAUUAUGGCUGACAUUUAACGGUACUACUGAUUGGCAUAAUGACCACAGCCAGGGAGCUGUCUAUCUCGAGAGGCUCAUCACUGAAUUAGUAUGAGAACAUCAUGCACCAAGUCCAUCCAGUCGGUGGGUCCAUCUUUUCACGAGGAGGAUAUUUCUGUGCAGUAUUUUUGUCUUUUCGAAGAGAGCCCUUUAUUGAUCUUACAGAUUUGGAAUGGUGUAUUGAAUCGUUCUUCUUUUAUGCUAGUGUUAAGGAAAUAAAAGAUGAGAUCACAAUUAUUUCAUGAUGAAAUUUGCUCAUUGUGAACAGUUUACCAGUCUGCCGGAGCAAUUCAUAUUUAUAAUU